GGAGCGGCAGCGGCGGUAGCGGCAGCGACGGCCGCACCGAGGAGGGAAGCUUCGAACCCCGGCGCCUGGCCGGCGGCGCCGCCUCCCCGACUUACAAUGCCUUGCUGAGCCAGACCAGCAAUUGAGUGGAGCCAGGCAGACAGCAUCCAUGGAUGGGCCCCUGGCAGGCGGCCUGGCCGCCCCAGAUCGUCCUCGUGGCCCCGAGAGACUGCCCGGCCCAGCACCGAGGGAAGACAUCGAAGGUGGGGCCGAGGCUGCUGAGGGGGAAGGUGGCAUCUUCCGGUCCACCCAUUACCUGCCUGUCACCAAGGAGGGACCCCGAGACAUUCUGGAUGGCAGAAGUGGCAUUUCUGACGGGCAGCCCCAUCCCGGCCUCAGCGAAGCCCUCCCCCGUGCCACCUCCGCCACCCAUCGGAUCAGCAGCUGUUGCUGGGAUGGAGGCAGCCUGGACUUCCAGCCGGGCUCCCCACCACCCCACCUCCUGGGCCACUUCCCUGGCCCCCCUGAUGGCCAGGGGACCUGGGAGCACCCCCUGGUCCAGGAAGCCAGGGAGGGCCUCACAUCUGAGCAGAGGUUCGAGGACUCGGUCAUUGUGAGAACCAUGAAACCCCACAUUGAGCUCGAGGGCUCUAGAAGGUUCUUGCACCAUCAGGGUGAACCGAAGCUCUUGGAGAAGGCCCCCCGGGGCCACCCCAGGUUCGACUGGCUCCGGGACACAGAUGAGCAGGCCCCACCCCAGGAUGCAGGGCUGCACCGGGACCUGCCACCCCAGCCCCUGCCCCUCACCUCCUUCAGGACGGUGCUCGUGCCAGUAGAAGAUAGCGCUAAGUCAUUGGAUGUGACGGUGGUGGACACUAGGGAGCACCUGGCAGACCUUGAAGGGCUGGCCCAGCCAUCCGACUGGGGCCUGCCCAGGUCAGCCUCGGAGGUGGCCACGCAGACCUGGACAGUGAACUCGGAGGCGUCCGUGGAGCGGCUGCAGCCGCUGCUGGCCCCGGUCCGGACGGGGCCCUACCUGUGCGAGCUGCUGGAGGAGGUGGCCAAGGGUGUGGCCAGCCCAGAUGAGGACGAGGACGAGGAGCCGGCCGUGUUCCCGUGCAUCGAGUGCAGCAUCUACUUUAAGCAGAAGGAGCACCUUCUGGAGCACAUGAGCCAGCACCGCCGAGCCCCGGGCCAGGAGCCCCCCGCCGACUUGGCCCCGCUGGCCUGUGGAGAGUGUGGCUGGGCCUUUGCGGACCCCAGCGCCCUGGAGCAGCACCGCCAGCUGCACCAGGCCUCCCGGGAGAAGAUCAUUGAAGAGAUCCAGAAACUGAAGCAGGUCCCGGGCGAUGAGGGCCGGGAGGCACGGCUGCAGUGCCCCAAGUGCAUCUUUGGCACCAAUUCCUCCAAGGCCUUUGUGCAGCAUGCCAAGCUGCACGUGCGUGAGCUCCCGGGCCAGCCCGCCAGGGAGCCCUUCGGGGGCGGCAGCGGGGCCGGCAGCCCGGGCCCUGAUGCCACCGCCCUCGCCUAUCGACCCUACCGAGGCUCCUCGGGGCUCAGUGGCUGCGUUUUCUGUGGCUUCCCCGCACCCAGCGAGAGCCUGCUCAGGGAGCACAUGAGGCUCGCGCAUGCCCACCCCCACUGGGAGGAGGAUGCCGAGGCUUUUGAGGAGGACCCUGCCAGCCAGCCGGGCACCAGCCAGGAGGCAUAUGCCCGCUUCCCUGAUGCUGCCGAGGACUACUUUGGCAAAGCUGAGCCGCUCUUGGCCCCCACGUGGCAGGAGAACCCUGCUGGAUAUGACCCCAGCCUGGCCUUUGGCCCAGGCUGCCAGCAGCUAGGCAUGAGGGAUUUCCCACUGUCAAAGCCACUUCUGCGCGGCUCAGAUCAGAGGCCCCUGGGAAGGCCAGCCUUCCCCUCACCUCUCGCAUCUGCCCCCUACUCCUUACAUCCCGGUAGAAACAAGAACGUGGUCCACCCGCAGGGGCUCCCAGGCCAGCUGGGGGACCGGAGACACCCUUGGAGCGAAGAGGAGGAGGAAGACAUACCGCUGGCCUCGGAAAUGGACUUUUCCCCUGAAAAUGGGGUCUUUCCACCCCUAGCUUCCCCUGGCCUCAUCCCACAGCUGGCCCUGGACCUGAAGCGGACUUUCCGAAAAGCUCUGAGGGCAGCUGAGGCCUCUCGGGCACAGCGGCAGCAGCUCCGAGGGAUGGUGCCCGUUGUGCUGGUGGCAAAGCUGGGGCCACAGGUCAUGGCUGCAGCAACCCGGGUGCCCCCACGGCUGCAGCCCGAGGAGCUGGGGCUGGGGGGCACUCACCCCCUGGACUUCUUGCUCCUGGACGCGCCACUGGGCAGCCCGCUGGGGCUGGACGCACUCUUGGAUGGGGACCCGGCGGUGGCACUGAAGCAUGAGGAGCGGAAGUGCCCCUACUGCCCGGAUCGCUUCCACAACGGUAUCGGCUUGGCCAACCACGUCCGGGGCCACCUGAACCGUGUGGGCGUCAGCUACAAUGUGCGGCAUUUCAUCUCUGCCGAGGAGGUGAAGGCCAUUGAGCGCAGGUUCUCCUUCCAGAAGAAGAAGAAAAAAGUGGCUAACUUCGACCCAGGCACCUUCAGCCUGAUGCGCUGUGACUUCUGUGGGGCUGGCUUCGACACCCGGGCCGGCCUCUCCAGCCAUGCCCGGGCCCACCUGCGUGACUUUGGCAUCACUAACUGGGAGCUCACCGUGUCACCCAUCAACAUCCUGCAAGAGCUGCUGGCCACCUCAGCUGCUGAGCGGCCCCCCAGCCCCCUGGGCUGCGAGCCUGGGGGGUCGCCUAGCGGCUUCCUGACCUCCCGCCGGCCCCGCUUACCUCUUGCAGUGCCCUUUCCACCCACCUGGGCUGAGGACCCUGGGCCAGCCUACGGAGAUGGCUUGGGUUCUGAGGAAAACACAAUGGUGGCCAUGGACUUGGGCUCCCCCCCGCUCCCCAAGAAGAGCCUGCCUGUCCCUGGGCCCUUGGAGCAGGUGGCCAAUCGGCUGAGCAGCAAAGUGGCUGCAGAGGUUCCUCAUGGCAGCAAGCAGGAACUGCCAGAUCUCAAGGCCCAGAGCCUGACCACCUGCGAGGUCUGCGGUGCCUGCUUUGAGACACGCAAGGGCCUGUCCAGCCACGCGCGCUCCCACCUGCGGCAGCUGGGGGUGGCCGAAUCGGAGAGCAGCGGUGCCCCCAUUGACCUCCUCUACGAGCUCGUGAAACAAAAGGGCCUGCCUGACACACCCCUUGGGUUGCCCCCAGGCCUGUCCAAGAAGUCCAACUCACCGAAGGAGGUGGUAGCUGGGGCUCCCCGGCCUGGCCUGCUUGCCCUGGCCAAACCCUUGGAUGCUCCUGCUGUCAACAAGGCCAUCAAGUCACCACCUGGCUUCUCCACCAAAGGCUUGGCCCACCCACCCAACUCCCCACUCCUCAAGAAGGCACCACUGGCCCUGGCGGGCUCCCCUACGCCCAAGAAUCCUGAGGACAAGAGCCCCCAGCUGUCCCUGAGCCCCCGGCCAGCCUCCCCAAAGGCACAGUGGCCCCAGUCUGAGGACGAAGGGCCCCUGAACCUCACUUUAGAUAGUGACGGGGGCAGAGAGCUGGACUGCCAGCUGUGCGGUGCCUGGUUUGAGACCCGCAAGGGCCUGUCCAGCCACGCCCGCGCCCACCUGCGCCACCUGGGCGUCAGCGACCCGGACGCCAAGGGAUCCCCCAUAGACGUGCUCCACGGGCUCAUCAGGAGGGACGGCGUCCAGAUCCGCCUCCCACCCGGGCGCGGCACCCUGGCCCAGCUGGGGCGGCCUCCUCCCACCUCUGCGGCCCUCUCCUUGCUCCCCCCCCCACCGCCGGCCAAGAAGGCCAAGCUGAAGGCCGCGGGUACGGCCAGCCCCUGGGGGAAGCAGGACCUCUCGGCCGCCGCAGCCGCCGGCAUUUUCUGGGCCUCUGAUGUGGAGCCGUCUCCUCUCAACCUCUCCUCGGGCCCAGAGCCAGCUCGAGACAUCCGCUGUGAGUUCUGCGGUGAGUUCUUCGAGAACCGCAAGGGCCUGUCGAGUCACGCACGCUCCCACCUGCGGCAGAUGGGCGUGACCGAGUGGUAUGUCAACGGCUCGCCCAUUGACACACUACGGGAGAUCCUCAAGAGACGGACCCAGUCCCGGCCUGGUGGCCCCCCUAACCCACCAGGGCCCAGCCCAAAAGCCCUGGCCAAGGUGAUGGGCAGCGGAGGUCCUGGCAGCUCGCUGGAAGCCCGCAGCCCUGCAGACCUUCACCUCUCACCCCUGGCCAAGAAGUUGCCACCGCCACCAGGCAGCCCCCUAGGCCACUCACCUACUGCCUCUCCUCCUCCCACGGCCCGGAAGAUGUUCCCAGGCCUGGCCGCACCCUCCCUGCCCAAGAAGCUGAAGCCUGAACAAAUGCGGGUGGAGAUCAAACGGGAGAUGCUGCCAGGGGCCCUUCAUGGGGAGCCUCACCCAUCCGAGGGUCCCUGGGCGGCACCGCGGGAAGACAUGGCCCCCCUGAACCUGUCGUCCCGGGCAGAGCCUGUACGUGACAUCCGCUGUGAGUUCUGCGGUGAGUUCUUCGAGAACCGCAAGGGCCUGUCGAGCCAUGCGCGCUCCCACCUGCGGCAGAUGGGCGUGACCGAGUGGUCUGUCAACGGCUCGCCCAUCGACACGCUGCGGGAGAUCCUCAAGAAGAAGUCCAAACCGUGCCUCAUCAAGAAAGAGCCGCCCGCUGGAGACCUGGCCCCCGCCUUGGCUGAGGACGGGCCCCCCACGGCUGCUCCAGGGCCUGUGCAGGCCCCCCUGCCGCUGGCACCAAUGGCUGGCCGCCCAGGCAAACCAGGAGCUGGGCCGGCCCAAGUUCCUCGAGAGCUCAGCUUAGCGCCCAUCACCGGUGCCAAGGCCACAGCCACUGGCUACCUGGGCUCAGUGGCAGCCAAGCGGCCCCUGCAGGAGGACCGCCUCCUCCCAGCAGAGGUCAAGGCCAAGACCUACAUCCAGACUGAACUGCCCUUCAAGGCAAAGACCCUCCACGAGAAGACUUCCCAUUCCUCCACCGAGGCCUGCUGUGAGCUGUGUGGCCUUUACUUCGAAAACCGCAAGGCCCUGGCCAGCCACGCGCGGGCGCACCUGCGGCAGUUUGGCGUGACCGAGUGGUGUGUAAAUGGCUCACCCAUUGAGACACUGAGCGAGUGGAUCAAGCACCGGCCCCAGAAGGUGGGGGCCUACCGCAGCUACAUCCAGGGCGGCCGCCCAUUCACCAAGAAGUUCCGCAGUGCUGGCCAUGGCCGCGACAGUGACAAGCGGCCGCCCCUAGGGCUGGCACCCGGGGGCCUGGCUGUGGUGGGCCGCAGUGCUGGGGGUGAGCCAGGGCCUGAGGCUGGACGGGCAGCUGACAGUGGUGAGCGGCCUCUGGCAGCCAGCCCGCCGGGCACUGUGAAGGCUGAGGAGCACCAGCGGCAGAACAUCAACAAAUUUGAGCGCCGACAAGCCCGCCCUCCAGAUGCCUCUGCGGUCCGGGGGGGUGAAGAGGCCAAUGAUCUACAGCAGAAGCUGGAGGAGGUGCGGCAACCCCCACCCCGGGUCCGGCCGGUCCCCUCCCUGGUACCCCGGCCCCCCCAGACAUCACUGGUCAAGUUUGUUGGCAACAUCUACACCCUUAAGUGCAGGUUCUGUGACGUGGAGUUCCAGGGGCCCCUCUCCAUCCAGGAGGAGUGGGUGCGGCACUUACAGCGGCACAUCCUGGAGAUGAAUUUCUCCAAAGCGGACCCCCCACCCGAGGAACCCCGGGCCCCGCAGGCACAGACAGCGGCGGCGGAGGCGCCCUGACACAGAAGCAUUCCAAAUUCCCUCUCGUGCCACCUCUGUCUUCUCUUUCUCCUCCGUCUGUUCCACCCUGUCCUCCCUCUUUCUUUUCCGUUUCCAAAGGAGCAAGCCAAAACCUCAAACCGGCACCCCUUGGGGGCCGGGCACACUACAGCCGGGGCGCCAGGAGCCAGCUAGUGGCCCUUCCCCCAGCCCGAGGGCUCUGGGGCCACACACAGCGCAUCUUCCUUCAGCCCACGCCCACCUGGUCCAGCAGGGGCAGAGGCCAGGUCUCUUGUGGUGGCAGCUGAUCUGGUCAAGGGGAGGAAGGCCAGCGCUCCCCCGCAUCUGGCAGCCAGGCGGGGCUAUGUUCGCCAUCCGUGGCCAUUUGCAAAGACCCCAAAGACCCCUGCCCUGGUUCCCUCUUGCCCCUGUGAAUAUCCUCUCACACACGCACACGCAGACACAGACACAGACACACACAUACAUACAUGCACGCACACACAGGCACAUGUGCACGCACGCACGCACCUCGUGAGACCCAGGAUUUGCCCUAGCCCCCCAGAUCCUGAGUCAAACGACCACAUCAUGCCACGGUGCUUGCUCAGGGGAAGGCACGCUCCCUCUGAGGGCCUGCUGGGGCCUGGGAGCCCCCCACUGAGCCCAUGAUGCCACGGAAAUCCUUGUUGGCCGCCCCCCACCCCCCCAGAGGGGCCUUCCCAGCCUGGAAGAGCUCAGAGCUGACAGCUGCCUCCUGCCAUGUCAAGGCCCCCCAGAGCCUUGGGGGGCUCUGGGGCCCAGGAGGGGGUGGGGAUGGGACUCUCCUCCCCCACCCCCACUCCCCUCCUCCUUUUCACUGUUGCUUUCUAUGUAUAGCUCCCUAGACCUUUCACUUUUUUAAAAACGCGUUUUGUGUAGAGAAUAAGGAACGUGGAUCUUUUUAUUUUGCAAUCCUGGGCCGGCUAGAGACCGGGAGCUGAUUGAUCUUUUAACUUUUUUCAGUGGCCACAUUUUGGUUAUCGAUGUACCUAGAAGUAUGUAAAUUAGAUUAAAUUUCUCUUCUGGAAACACCCCGGGGCAGGCGGCCAGCGUGUGUUUUUCUGUCAAGUGGACAGGCUGGCAUCGUCUGGCAGCCGGGGCUGGGAUCGAGCCACCUCCCCCUAGAGCUCCCGGAGGCCCUGGGUUUUCCUGUUGGCCGCCAAGCUGACCAGACCCAGCUGGGGAUGAGCCCAGGUUCCCAGCUGUUGGCCCUCAGUGGCAUGGUUGGUGAGGGGCUCUGGCCGGCUGGCUGGCUGGCUGGCUGGCUGGCAAAGCGACUCCUGUGAGCAGAGGAGAGGAACCAAGGCUCUGGGCAGCUGGUCUAGGAAGGGAGCCAGGAUGGAGAGAAGCAAUGAAGCUGGAGGGCCCUCCGAGGGCAGGAGCGGUCCAGUGAGGGCGUGGGGGACCUGCCAGGGGAGGGAGAAGCCCACAGUUGCUGGCAGCCUUCAGAGAGCUGGGACCAGCCUGCCUUCAAGACAUGUGACUUGCCUGGAGACACAUGCACCCUGAACCCGAAUCACACGAGGGGAGAAGGGAGCUGCUGGCUCCUUCGUGAUGUUAUUUAUUUUCUCGCUCUGCAAAUGUUUAUUGAACAUUUCUGAGAUUUUAAGAGAUUUUGUUGGCUGCUC